AUGCCUGUGCAACUCCUACCAGCAUCCGCUGCUGCAUUUGCCCCUCGAGCUUCAUCGGUUAAUGUUGCCUUGGGCUCAAAGGUUGAACCGUGGCUCACACAAACUCUGAAGCGUAUUAAUAGGGUCAAACUCCCUCUUAACUCCGUACUGCAGCACCAGCGAUGUCUCACCGAAACUCUUUCGUCGCCGAAUGCCAUCUGGACCUUGACAUCGCUUAUGCUACCCAAGACACCCGAGUCUGGCUUUAAGCGCGAUGCCAGCAAUCCUCUAUUCGAAGCCAUCAUGAACUAUGAGCUCAUCCAUGUUGAGGCUUACGUUGUUCAUGUCGACAUGGUUCUGCGAAAUGAGGUCUCCUACAAGCUCACAAAAGAUACCAUCGAUGCGCUCGUUGAGUACCACAAGGAGAUUCACUGUGUCGAUGCAAAUGCCAGCACAUACGACUGGACAGGCAAGGAGCAGCAGUGUAAGAAGCUUCAUGAAGACUUUGUCCAGGGCAUCAAUAAGUUUGUUUUUUGCACCCACGUCGCUGCCCUUGAGGGGCUUGAGGAGGGGGGUACCGGCGAACUCCUCUGCGAAAAGAGUGAGGAGGUCAAGAACUGCAUCAGUGUUCUUAUAAAGCCUCUGCUACCUCCCCCUCUCCCCCGUGUCGUUGAAGUUGUCCGACGACCUAUCCUGCUAUCUAGCUCUCUUGUCAACAAUAUAUGGUCGCAACAUGGUAUUUACGGCAACCUCGUUGCUGUGGAUUCAUGGAGUGCACUUCCCUCAAGCCCUAGUAUCCCAUCAUGGGCCGACUCAAACACAAGUCCUAUGACCAUGAGCGAUGUGUCACCUACUCCCGCAUUCACUCACUCUCUCUAUGACUAG